CACACACAGGCAGCUAUUUAAGGAAAGAAUUCUUACAUUUCCCUUUAUUUGGGGAUUUAUUUAUUUUUUUAAUUUGUGAUUUUUUUUUUCUUCCCCCCCCCCCGAGAUCGGAUUCUGCCGGGAGUAAGAAAAAGAUGGGGCGAGGGGAGGGACGGGAGUAUUCUCCCGCGGCGACCAACGCGGACAAUGGAGGGGGCAAGAAGAAACAGAAAGAGAAGGAGAUGGACGAGCUGAAGAAGGAGGUGGCCAUGGAUGAUCACAAGCUCUCCAUGGAAGAGAUUGGCCGGAAAUAUGGGACAGACCUGGCUAAGGGAUUGACAAAUGCUCGUGCAGCAGAGGUCCUGGCCCAAGAUGGACCCAACGCCCUUACACCACCACCAACCACUCCGGAAUGGGUGAAGUUUUGCAGGCAGCUCUUUGGCGGGUUCUCCAUUCUCCUUUGGAUUGGCGCUAUUCUGUGCUUUCUGGCUUACGGCAUUCAGAUCGCCAUGGAGGAUGAGCCAAUCAAUGACAAUCUGUACCUCGGAGUGGUCUUAGCUGCUGUCGUCAUUGUCACUGGCUGCUUCUCUUAUUACCAAGAGGCAAAAAGUUCCAAGAUCAUGGAUUCCUUCAAGAACAUGGUGCCACAGCAAGCCUUGGUUAUCCGUGAAGGAGAGAAGCUCCAGAUAAAUGCUGAGAUGGUGGUGGUCGGGGAUCUGGUGGAAAUUAAAGGAGGAGAUCGAGUACCGGCAGACAUAAGGAUAAUUAUAGCUCAUGGGUGCAAGGUGGAUAAUUCCUCUCUGACGGGAGAGUCUGAACCCCAGACUCGCUCUCCUGAAUUCACCCACGAGAACCCCCUUGAGACCAGAAACAUUUGCUUCUUCUCCACCAACUGCGUUGAAGGUACCGGCCGAGGAAUAGUUAUUAAUACAGGAGACCGCACCGUCAUGGGACGCAUUGCCACUCUAGCUUCAGGUCUUGAAGUAGGCCGCACUCCUAUCGCCAUGGAGAUUGAGCACUUCAUUCACAUUAUAACUGGGGUGGCUGUUUUCCUCGGAGUCAGUUUUUUUGUCCUUUCCCUCAUUCUUGGCUACAGUUGGCUAGAAGCUGUGAUCUUUCUCAUUGGCAUCAUUGUGGCCAACGUGCCAGAGGGUCUUCUGGCAACAGUUACGGUGUGUCUGACUCUGACUGCCAAAAGAAUGGCCCGCAAGAACUGUCUGGUGAAGAACCUGGAAGCUGUGGAGACUCUUGGUUCCACCUCGACCAUCUGCUCCGAUAAGACUGGAACUCUGACGCAGAAUCGUAUGACUGUGGCUCACAUGUGGUUCGACAACCAGAUUCACGAGGCUGACACCACCGAGGACCAGUCAGGCACAACAUUUGAUAAACGCUCCCCUACCUGGACUGCUCUGUCUCGGAUCGCCGGCCUGUGCAACCGCGCCGUCUUCAAAGUGGGACAAGAAAAAGUGGCUGUGUCAAAGAGAGACACGGCUGGAGACGCCUCGGAAUCGGCUCUGCUGAAAUGCAUCGAGUUGUCCUGCGGCUCGGUACGGAAAUUACGGGACAGGAACCCCAAAGUGGCUGAAAUCCCAUUUAAUUCUACAAACAAGUUCCAGCUGUCUAUUCAUGAGAGGGAAGACAGCCCCGAGGGCCACCUACUGGUGAUGAAGGGGGCACCGGAGAGAAUCUUGGAUCGCUGUUCCACCAUAAUGCUACACGGGGCAGAGCAGCCCUUGGAUGAGGAGAUGAAGGAUGCCUUCCAGAAUGCCUACUUCGAACUGGGAGGCCUAGGAGAGAGAGUUCUAGGGUUCUGCCACUUGUACAUACCGGCUGAUAAGUUUCAACGCGGGUUCAAGUUUGACACUGACGAGCCCAAUUUCCCCUUAACCGACCUUUGCUUCAUUGGCCUCAUCUCCAUGAUUGAUCCCCCCAGAGCAGCGGUACCUGACGCCGUGGGAAAAUGCCGCAGUGCAGGGAUCAAGGUGAUCAUGGUAACUGGUGACCAUCCAAUCACAGCAAAGGCCAUAGCCAAAGGCGUGGGCAUUAUCUCUGAGGGGAAUGAGACAGUGGAGGAUAUAGCCGACAGGCUGAACAUACCAGUUAACCAGGUGAACCCAAGAGAGGCAAAGGCUUGUGUGGUCCACGGCUCCGAUUUGAAGGACAUGACCUCUGAACAACUGGACGACCUCCUGAAGAAUCACACGGAAAUCGUGUUCGCUCGGACCUCCCCCCAGCAGAAGCUGAUCAUUGUCGAGGGCUGUCAGAGGCAGGGGGCAAUCGUGGCAGUCACGGGGGAUGGUGUAAAUGACUCCCCGGCUCUAAAGAAAGCAGAUAUCGGGGUGGCUAUGGGAAUCGCAGGAUCCGACGUCUCCAAACAGGCAGCCGACAUGAUCCUAUUGGACGAUAACUUUGCUUCCAUCGUGACGGGGGUAGAAGAAGGGAGACUUAUUUUUGACAACCUGAAGAAGUCCAUCGCCUACACCCUGACCAGCAACAUCCCUGAGAUAACCCCUUUCCUACUCUUCAUCAUCGCCAACAUUCCGCUGCCACUGGGCACAGUCACCAUCCUCUGUAUCGAUCUCGGAACUGACAUGGUGCCCGCCAUCUCUCUGGCAUAUGAAGCGGCUGAGAGUGACAUUAUGAAGCGGCAGCCAAGGAACCCGCGGACGGACAAGCUGGUGAAUGAGCGGCUAAUCAGCAUGGCCUAUGGGCAGAUCGGUAUGAUCCAAGCCUUGGGCGGGUUCUUCACCUACUUUGUAAUCCUGGCGGAGAAUGGAUUCCUGCCCUCCAGGUUGCUGGGAAUCCGCUUGGACUGGGAUGAUCGCUCCAAUAAUGACGUGGAAGACAGUUAUGGGCAGGAGUGGACCUAUGAACAGCGCAAAGUGGUGGAGUUCACGUGCCAUACUGCAUUCUUUGCUAGCAUUGUGGUGGUGCAAUGGGCUGAUCUAAUCAUCUGUAAAACCCGAAGAAACUCGGUGUUCCAGCAGGGGAUGAAGAAUAAGAUUCUCAUCUUUGGUCUUCUUGAAGAGACCGCCCUGGCUGCCUUCCUGUCAUACUGUCCCGGAAUGGAUGUGGCUCUGAGAAUGUAUCCUCUCAAGGUGACCUGGUGGUUCUGUGCGUUCCCCUACAGCCUGCUGAUAUUUUUGUAUGAUGAAGUGAGGAAGCUGAUCCUGAGACGUGAUCCAGGCGGCUGGGUGGAGAAGGAGAGCUACUACUGAGUUGCCUGCCCCCACUGGAACUGGCUUGGGGAAGAGAAAACGUUUUGUAGAUGCCUCGGCUUUGGGUUACUCACAUAGGGUUUGUAUUUAAAAUAGGGGAGUAAAUGGGAGAGCGAGAAGACCUGACCCAGUGAGCUGAGUUAUCUUUUCGGUCAAUUUUCCAUUCUUCAGAGCAGGACGAAUUAUUCAAUCUGAUGACUUUUAUAACAAAGUUGUUCCACCGAGCCAAGAAUUACGGAAGCCCCUCCGGAACUAACCAUAGCAUGGGUUGAAAUGAAAGUGUUCUUCCAGUGACCCUAGUGUCUUCUAACAUAUCCAUGAAUAAUCUGCCAUGCCAGCCUUCAUUCUUAUUACUACUUGCCCUUUGCCCUUCUUGUACAGUGACUCUCCUCUCCCUGUUUUUAUCAAGCCACAGAGUUAUAUAUACAACAAACAAUAAACAUAUAUGCAUUACAUUUUAAA